CAGAUUUACGUAACGUUUAAUUCCAGGCUAUGUACCAGGAUCUGUUUGUUGUUGUAUUACCAGUUUUGCUUCGUUGUGUUGCCGGCUUCCCCGUUUCGGCAAAUGGGACUGCCGCGUUGAGUAAUCCGCGCGUUGUCAAUCGUAGCAAAUAAUUGACGCCUUACAAUGUCGGGAGGAUUGGAGGUGUUGGCCCUGAAAGAGGGCGAUGUUAUGAAGAUGCUGGCAGCAUCAACCCAUCUGGGUACACAAAAUGCUGACUACCAGAUGCUGCAGUAUGCCUACAAGCGCAAAAAGGAUGGUAUCCACAUCAUCAACCUGCGCCGCACGUAUGAGAAGCUGCUGCUGGCGGCGCGCGCCAUCGUGGCCGUGGAGAACCCGGCCGACGUGUACGCCAUCAGCGCGCGGCCCUGGGGCCAGCGUGCCGUGCUCAAGUACUCGCACUACACCGGCGCCACGCCCAUCGCCGGCCGCUUCACCCCCGGAUGCUUCACCAACCAGAUCCAGGCCGGCUUCCGCGAGCCCCGCCUGCUGAUCGUGACGGACCCGCGCGUGGACGCGCAGCCCAUCUCGGAGGCGUCGUACGUCAACAUCCCGGUCAUCGCCUUCUCCAACACGGACUCGCCGUCGCGCUACGUCGACAUCGCCAUCCCGUGCAACAACAAGGGCUACCACAGCAUCGGGCUGAUGUGGUGGAUGCUGGCGCGCGAGGUGCUGCGCCUGCGCGGCACCAUCGGCCGCAAGCGCGACUGGGAGGUGAUGCCCGACCUCUUCUUCUACCGCGACCCGGAGGAGAUCGAGAAGGAGGAGCAGCUGAAGCGCGAGGCGGCCGCCGAGGAGGCCGCGGCCGCCGGCGGCCGCCGCCGCUGCGGCUGCCGCUGCCGCCGCGCUGCCGGCGCCCACCGAGGACGCGCCGGCCCCGGCCGACUUCGGAACGGUGCCGACGGGCGCCCCGGUGGCGGCCGGUGCCAGCGACUGGACCGAGGACUGGUCGGCGGGAGCCGCCACCGGCGACUGGGCCGCCGCUGCGCCCGACCACAGCUGGACGUAGGCGCCCGACAACGGUGCCUGUUGGCCGCGACAAGCCGAAGUCCGCCUCAGCGGCUCACCAGUCCUGGGGCGCGAUGGAGGAUGCUGUCCAGGUGCAGGCGCUCCGUGUCCAGCUGUCUCGGCGCUGCCUCACCCUCAGGCCAAUAAACCGAUCCAACGAGA